AUGCUCGACCUCCUGUCCGAAUCGCUCAAGGGACGGUGUCUGUUCGCGAUCCCAAAGAAGGGACGGCUGUACGAGAAGUGCCUGCAGCUCCUGUCAGGCGCCGACAUCCAGUUCACUCGCUCGCACCGCCUCGAUGUCUGCCUCGUCCGCAACCACAACAUGGCACUCGUCUUCCUCCCUGCGGCCGACAUCCCGCGCUUCGUCGGCGAGGGUAACGUCCACUUCGGCAUCACGGGCCAAGACAUGGUUGCGGAAGCAGACGUGAACGGACUCGUCUCGGAGACGCUCCAGCUCGAGUUCGGAAAGUGCAAGUUGCAGGUCCAGGUGCCCGAGCGAGGCGACAUCAAGACGGUCGAGGAUCUCGUCGGCAAGAAGGUCGUCACCAGCUUCGAGGUCCUUGCGGGACGGUACUUUGGCGAGCUGGAUGCCAAGAGCGGGAAGGAGGGCGUCAAGACCAAGAUCGAGUACAUUGGCGGCAGUGUCGAGGCGGCAUGCGCGUUGGGCCUUGCGGACGGCAUCGUCGACCUUGUCGAGUCGGGCGAGACGAUGCGCGCAGCAGGCCUUCACGCAAUCGAGACGAUCCUGACUUCGCAAGCCGUCCUCAUCCGCUCCAACAAGCCUGCGGACGAACACGACGCCCUGAUCGAGCGCAUCACCUCUCGCAUCGCCGGUGUCGUCGCAGCAGGCAAAUACGUCUUGUGCAACUACAACAUCCCGAGGAAGGUCGUGCAGGAGGCGACGAGGGUCACGCCUGGUCGGAGGGCGGCGACGGUUUCUCCCUUGGAUGACCCCGACUGGGUCGCGGUGAGCAGUAUGGUGUUGAAGGCGCAGGUGGCGGACGUCAUGGACAAGCUGCAGGCCAUCGGCGCAUCCGAUAUCCUCGUCAUCGGUCUCAACAACUGCCGCGUCUAG